CACAUUGUUCUCCUCCUCUUUUAUGUCCUUACUCUCCCAUAAAUCCCAUUUGAAAAUGUAUGAGCUUUGGUGAGGGGCUGUUAGAACCGAGCUAAAUGUGAUCUCCAAAUGUCUAUUUGGUUUGUCAUUAAAGUUAACUGACCAGGAAACUCAGAACUGGGAAAAGUAUCAUGAAGAACAGCAGAUUUCGGAAGUCUUCGAACUUUCUGGAAAAACAAGCCCCCAUUUGCCAAGUCCCGUAACAGUAUCCCACAUAUUUAAGCCUCAUUACAGUUCAGAUACUUCUCCUGUGUCCAUUAAAAAAUACUUCUGUUAGUCUAAAACAGACAUGGACCGGAGAUUUGGUUUUAGAUGUGUGUGUGUGAGCAGGACUACUGGGUAACAGGGGACGAUACAUAGAAAAAUAAGUCAGUGAGAGUUUAUUCUGGUUUUUGGCAGGGAUGUUAGAACUUGAGAAAAAAAAAAUAAUUUAUGGACUGUGCUGUACAAUUUGCCCAGUUUAAUUUGAAACUUUGGGAUUUCCCGGCUCCAUACCCAUUAGGAAUGUUAGUUCGAGUUUACAAUUGCAAAGGCAACAGGAAAUUAAACGUGUUAUUUUUCCUCAGCUUUUGGGACUUCGGUUAGUUAGUUGACAGACCCACCUAGCUAAAUAAUUAACCAGACAUAAGAGCUCACCGAAAAGUGAAUGAGAUGCUCCCUCUUUAAACUUUGUAACUUUUAACAUUCCUCAUCUCACCACAUGCAUACCAGACAUACUUUAGCACGUAUAAACCAAGCGAUCAAAUGUGUGCCCGCAUACUAAAACAUGCACAUAUGCGCUUGAAGCAUUUGCUCAAAAGUUAUAUUUCAUUUCCAGGAAGUGUUCUGCCCUAAUUUUUAAUGACUACAUGGGAAAGUUCCCAAUGACGUUUGUUUUGGCGAGUGAUACAAUAUGUAAUUCAAACCAUGCAAGCGUUUAUAAUCGAAUAUCUCAUAACAAAUUCAAUUUUUAUUGUAUUUCCUUGGCUGGUUCACGACAUCAUUUGAUUUAGGCAUGAAUGUGUGUAAUGAGUGCACUGCUUCAUUAUUACAGAAGAGAUUUAACUUAGGCCUAACAUACUGAAAGAAGGAUCUGUCUUACUUUCAGCCCGUGUGCUAACCCGCUUUACAGCUGAACCGAACCCGCUAUCAGAUCUAGAUAAGAACCGAGGACAAUAAAAACAUAUGCUGUGUGCUGUUGCCUAUGGUUACAUAACAGCUCAAAGCAAUUUGACCCCUCCGCCUAAGGGAAAACGGAACAAACACUAUCUAGCGAUAAAUUGCAGUUUCCUCAGGAAACUCUGCACACUGUUAACUAGCCUACAUGAGGGGCUAUCCGUGGGUUUAUUGGGAGAAUAUGGCAGAUCGUUCCAGCUGUUUUUACUGUCGCGAGGACCUCAGUGGAAAGAAGUUCGUGAGGAAAGACGAGAAACCAGUUUGCGUGCGAUGCUUUGACAAGUUCUGCGCCAACACCUGCACAGAGUGUCGACGGCCAAUCAGCACCGAGUCAAAGGAGCUUCACCAUAAAGGGCGAUACUGGCACUCAGAUUGUUUCCGAUGUGCCAAGUGCUAUAAGAACCUGGCCAAGGAGUCUUUCACCUCCAAGGAUGACCGGAUCCUGUGUGGGACGUGCAGCUCACGUGAGGAUGCCCCUCGCUGCCAUGGCUGCUACAAGCCCAUACUGGCAGGCACUGAGAAUGUGGAAUACAAAGGCAACUCCUGGCAUGAUGAGUGUUUCACCUGCUAUCAGUGUCAAAAGCCAAUUGGCUCCAAAAGUUUCAUAUCAAAGAACAACAACAUCUACUGCAGCCCUUGCCACGAGAAGAAAUUUGCCAAACAAUGCGCUUGCUGCAAGAAGCCCAUUACCACAGGAGGUGUGAAUUACCAGGACCAGCCGUGGCAUUCAGAGUGUUUUGUGUGCUCCUCCUGCCGAAAGCCUCUGGCUGGCACCCGCUUCACCUCCCAUGAGGAAAAGGUCUUCUGUGUGGACUGCUACAAAAGCACUGUGGCUAAAAAAUGCAGCAGCUGCCAGAAUCCCAUUACAGGAUUUGGCAAGGCUACGAACGUAGUGAACUAUGAGGGCGGCUCUUGGCACGAUUACUGCUUUAACUGUAAGAAGUGCUCUCUCAAUCUGGCAGACAAGCGCUUUGUAGCUCGCAAUGGAGACAUUUACUGCUCUGACUGCUCCAAGAAACUGUAAGCGCCUGCUCACUGUGGAGACAAAAAGAGUGAGAUUAAUUCCGAAAAAAAAUGGCAGCAUUCAUUUGAAUUUAUACAGAAAUCCCACAUAAACAUGUGGAAGUAUUGACAAAGGCUUCUGUUAUGUUGGUUCUGGCUUCUUUAUGAGGGGAGUUUGAUAUUUCCUGUGAGAAAUGUUACGUUUACCUAGAGGCUUUGAUGGAAAAACUUCUCUCUCUUUCCAAAGGCCCGUUUGUCUUAGGAAAGAUAGUGAGACAGGAUAACUGACGGAUAAGGAAGAGAGGUGUGUGUGUUGUUUGAGACAUAUGACCGGUUUAUCUGUGUUUCAGAACGACUUGUUUCAUUGUAUUAAAUGAAACUUUGUGUUGAUAACUUUUAAAUCUGUAACAGCGUGUAAUCGUGGCUGCUGAACCUGGCAGUACAAUGUGUUUCUGUAUCUUUUCGAUUGCUUCCUUGUAAUUUGAAAUACUAAUUAUAUAUAUUUUUUGUAAUUGUCAUAAACAAUAAUGGGAAAAAUUAAAAUGCGUAGCUUUUGUUGCUCUCUUUACUUACACAUUCUUCUUACUGUUGAUUAACAUUCAAAAAUACGUAUUUUACCUUUGUAUGAUCUGAGAAAAAAAUAAAGUUAAGAUUCUGACAAAA